GUCAAAAUUCACUCACUCUUUUCGGACAAAUUUCGAGUUUUUAUCCUUAAAACUCUCAAAGCUUCAUUUAAGUCUAAUUUUGAUUCAUUAUAUCAGGUCAAAUUUAUUAUCCACGUAAUCUUUUCUUGUGAAGAACAAUUGAAAUGUCUACUACUCUUGAAAACGCGGCUAGUGAAUCAUCGAUAAUAUCCGUUCGGGGAUCCGAAAUGACCGAUAGGCGGGUUAGCGAUUCGUUCGAUAAGCGAAGCUCUGUGGGUGGUGGAUCUUCGAAAUCGGAAUACAGCACAGCAACAUCAAUUGAUUCGGGUUUUGUGAGCGAAGAACCAAGUCCCACUGGCAUGGAAGCAUGGGAUAAGCUGAAGGCUGGCAAACUGGAAGGAGGCCCUGUCAAGGAUGUGAAUUCCCAUACCGAAGUCGUUAGACCUAGUACUCUGUCGUCGGGGAAGAGUCCGCGAAAGGCUACAAGGCAAAGUGACUCGUCAGGAACUCAGCCUCCGAAUAAAAAAGAAUGCCUUUCGUACGCGGAUCAGCCUGGACCCAGUCGGCCCAUCAACAUCCAACAAUCCUCUCUGACUGGUCUGCAGGGAUCAUCUCUGGGUUCUCAAAACCAGACUACCCCUUCCUCCCUGCGCCAGAUCCCAAUCAGCCCCGAGAGUCUGUUCGCUAAUGCGGCCGGACUUCAAGGUGGUCUCCCGGGAGGAAUUCAGGGGGGAUUGGGGGGACUGGGAGGUGCCGGAGGAAUGAGCCAGAACGCCCAGCUGAUCCAACAGAAUCGGUUGUUUCUUCAGUUGUUGGACAUCCAGUUAUGGACAUGA